AUGAAGGCCUCACUCUAUGACUCGUCAUGGACCGUGUACAGCAUACCGCAAAUAACACCUUCGCUCUCGAAACUUGUCUCAGCGCCUGCCACAACCCUGCAAGCACACGAGAAGCGCCGUGAGCAGCUUGCUUCGCACGCCGAGUCUUUUCGAGAAUACCUUGACGAAAGCCGGCCGCGGCACGAGCGCGACGAUGAGAAAACGUCUUUAGGCGGACUAAAGCACUCUCUAUGGACCCGACUCGACAACAUGCUCGACCAAGAUGAGCAUCCCCAUUCCCCUGUGCUGCAUGCUGGGAAGAAGCGACCGAGACAGCAACUGGAACAAGAAAACGAACGGACUCAAAGCAACGCUCUAGUUGUGUGUCUCGCCUACGAAAAGGAAACCUACAAAUUUAUUAUCUACACAACCUCAGCCUCGAGUGCCAGGUCGUCAAAACGCCGUCGUACGGCCUCUCCAACAUCCCAAAGUACCUCAGCACCCUCUACCGACGCCACGGCGAUUCUCCUUGCGAAGUCCUCGCCCGCUACCUUGAAACGAUUCACUACCUACCUUUCUGACCGAUUCUCCGUGGACGCAAUCCGUCCGCUCUCCCUUUCCUCGCUGUUCCUCCAGUCCAGCUUGGAACGCUACGUUUCCACCGUCCCGUCCGCUCUUCUGGGCCAGAUAAGGCUCACUCUCCCGUUCGCCAGGCCCAUCGCUCCUGAUCUUAAGAGCCUCGAGAUUGCAGUCCCGAGGGAGACGACCGAGUCGUUCACCAAGGUCCGUGCAUCCCAGCAAAGGAGAUCUGGUCCUCGACAGACGCGUGGCGAGAAACUCUUCAUGCACCAUCUCGCCAACUCCAUCCUCAACAAAACCGGACUGUCCAUUCCGGUGAUCUGCAAUGUUCAUGGUGGGGAAGACUCACCGGUCGUGGAUCCGCAGCGCGAUACCAACCCAGCGAGAAUCUCGAAAGUCUCGACCGUGUGUUUCGCCCUUUCGGCCGAGUGUCGCCUCAAGUUUGAGAGAAAGGCCGUGGAGGCUGCGGAGGGUGUGAAGGGCGUGCAUGACGAGGGUAAAGGCGAGGACGCCGGCGAGGACGACACCGACCCCGACCCUGACGGCGCAGAAAACUGCGUCAAACGUGCGAAUCGCGAAUUACUCGCGGCAUUGGUGGACGAGGCGCGCCGGCAAGUAAGGGACGAAAGUAACCCUUCUGACAGUGGUGGCUAG